UCAGUAGAGUAAAGGAUGACCCACGUUAGACCGAGCCGCCCGGGCCAGAGCUUCUGGUGGUUCGUUUUCUGUAGAAAUCAUCACCGGUCAUCUGUCAUAGAAAAUUAGCGUCGAAAGCUCCGGCCUGGACCCGGCGUGAUGUAAUAACGUGAGUAAUAAUUGAAUGAGGCGCGAAUUCUAAUUUUCUAUGAGAGGACUCUUCACGCCAAUUUUUUUUUAAAUUAGCCGCCUUUUCCUACUAACGGAAAUGGCUUGCCAAACUAUAAAUUAUGAUAUCAUAUCUAAUCAUCAAUCCGUUCAUCCUGGAAAUCUUUAAGCUGAUUAGAUAUUGAUGUUUGAGAGAUUGAUAUCAUCAGUAACUUUAAUGAUAACACAUGUUCUAAUUAUAGGUAUAUGUUUCGAGUAUUAGGUAUUAAAGGGUUUCGUAGUAUUUACAUAUGUUAUAUCUCUGCCAUUUUACAAUCAACACCAACUCAAUUUCACAACACAAAAGUUUUGACACGUUUACAAGAACGACGCGACGAAAUGAAGAAAUAUAAGGCAAUUUUUCUUUAAAAUAAAAAUAUAGAUAGAAUGAACAACUUAAAAUCAAUGUUACUUCUUCCGCAGUAUUCCCUAUUUAUGGAAGGUAUCACGGAGGUCCCUCAAAAGAACCUCGACGCCAUCGAGGAGGCGUACGGCUUCGUUGAGGAGUUCUUGUCCCGGACCAAGAACCUGGCUGGUGAUAAUAUCACCAUCGCCGACAUUGCGGCGUACGCUACAGUCACCGGCUUAGUUGUAAUUCUGGAGCUUAACGCUCAAAAAUACCCUAAAACGCAGGCGUGGCUACAAGAUCUAGAAAACCGACCAUACGUUCAAAAGGGCAACGCAAAAGGUGCUGAAGAGUAUAAACAGUUUCUAAAAUCCAAACUUGGUUAAACUAAAACAGAUUCAAUAGUGUCAUAUUUUUUGCGUAAUACAUAUGAUAAUUUUAAGAUUUUAAUUAACCUUUAAUAAAUAAUAAUAUAAAUGAAA